AUCGGAAAUAUCUAUUGUUCAAGAUGUUGCUGAAACAACUCAAUUAGUGGAUAGUGGUGAUGGCCAAAUGAUUUCUGAAUCACGAAAUAUCGAUGAUAUCGUUCAUCAUCAUCAAUAUGAUCUUGAACAACAACAACAACAACAACCACAGCAGCAACAACAACAACAAACAUCUUUGCUGGAAAAUUCUAUAAUCUAUUCUUUGAAUAAUAAUGAUCAUCAUCAACAACAUCAUCAUUAUGGUUUACAAACGAUAAACUAUAAUAAUUUUUCAUCAUUCACACAAUCAAUGAAUUCUAAUGUUGCUGCUGCUGCUGCUGCUGCUACUGUCCCAUAUUCCUAUAUAUUUGAUGUAUCAAAAUCAACAACAAAUUCCGAUUCAAACAACACAACAACAACAUUACGACAAAAUUUUGUUCCACCUACAUCACAUCCACACCAACCACCACAACCACCUACUUCUUAUCAUCAUCAACUUCAUCAACAUUGAGAUGUCUCUUUUUGAUUGUAUUUUUGGUCCUGCUCUUUAUCGAAUUUUUGAGAAUCCGCAUCGUAACUAUGAACCCUAUAAUUUGGAACGUUAUACAGAUCGAAUAAUUCGUUUUAUACAAUUCUGUAAGAAUACAUUGACAUAUGUUUCACCAUUAUUGGCCUAUCAAUUAUAUUGUCAAACACGUGAUACAGAACAAUCUGAAUCAUCAUCAUCAUCAUCAUCAUCAUCAUUGUUAUCAUUAUUAUCGAAUAGUACAUAUGUUCGACUUUUAAUGGCAUUUACAUCCAUUUACAUUUUGGCAAAUUUAUUACGUGGAUUUUCACGUUCCAUUAAUCCUAAUUAUUGUCAAUUUAUUCGAACAUUUAAAACUGCAUCAACAUCAUUGUUGGCCGAUCAUCGUGGUGAUGAUGAUGGUGAUAUCCGUAAACGAAUAAUCGAUGCUAGAAAUAUAGUUCGUGAAAAAUAUGAUUAUGAUUUUCAACAUUGGCCCAUUGAUUUCAAAUGGACUGAAGGUAGAUAUUGUUAUGAACGUCCGGCAAAACUAUUACCAAUAAAAGAAGCUAGUAAUGAAACAUUGAAUGAAAGUCCAGUAGUGAAUAUGGUUUCAUAUUUAAUGGCCAAUUCUAUUGGAAGAAUCUUACUUUAUCCUGGAUCCAUUGGUUUGUUGCAAAAAGUUAUCGAAAACAAUCUGAUUACUGGCCGCCAUUUUCUUAUGGAAAAUUAUCAAGCCAAACGUUUUAAAUUGCUUGCACGAGACCAAAAUCAAAUUGAUGUCAUUUUUGUUGAUAAAAGAAAUCCAAAUAAUAAUCGAACCUAUCCUGGUAAUACAUUAGUAAUCACAUGUGAAGGUAAUGCUGGUUUUUAUGAAAUUGGAUCGGUCACAACACCGAUCAAUCUAAACUAUUCGGUUAUUGGAUGGAAUCAUCCAGGAUUCGGCGGUAGUACUGGAACACCUUUUCCACAGAAUGAUAUAAAUGCGAUGGAAGUUGUCGUGAAUUUUGCUGUAACCAAAUUGAAUUUCAAAUUAGAAGACAUUCUUAUAUUUGGCUGGUCAAUUGGUGGUUUUCCUGCCGCAUGGGCUGUAUCGAAUUAUCCAGAACUGAAAGGUGUUAUACUUGAUGCAAGUUUUGAUGAUGUACUUCCAUUGGCACGUUCACGAAUGAUGCCAUUUUUAGCACCGAUUGUUGAUUCUACUAUAAGAAAUUAUUUCAAUCUAAAUGUAUCAUCAUAUUUGAAUCGUUAUCAAGGUCCAAUUCGAUUUAUUCGACGAUUAAAAGAUGAAAUCAUUCCAAUCGAUGCAUCACGGCCAUUAUUAACAAAUCGUGGUAAUCAUUUGUUGAUUAAAUUAUUAAAAUCACGUUUUCCACGUUUAAUGUCACACGAUGAUAUUAGUGAUGAAGUAGAACAAUUUCUUCAUUCAGAAAAUUAUGGUUAUUUACUUCGUAAAGUUGAUGAUAGUAAAGUAAUGGAAGCAUUAUCACGUUAUGCACAGAAAUCGGCAAUGGAAAAAUAUCCAAUUGAAAUUGAUGUUGAUAAAGAUUUAGAGAUUAGUAUGUUAUUGGGACAACAAAUCAUUUUAUUCUUGUGUCGUGAAUUAAUGACUCAAUUUGAUUCAACACAUUGUACACCAUUACCAUCAAGUUUAUUCAAAGAACCUGUCGAUUUGUUAUCAUUGAUUAAAAAAGCAUAAAAUUGUCAUUACAUUGUCAUCGGAUGAUCAUCAUCAUAAUUGUUGUUUGUUGUUGUCAUGUUGAAUGAAAAUGUUAAUGAUUCAUGGAAAAAAAUGAUU